GGCCUCUGCGCCCGCCACGGGGGGCCUGAGCAGCCGCGCAGGCGGCGAUGCCUGAGAGGCGGCUCACGGCGGAGCCACCCGUUAUUACAGAAGAAGGAUUCGAAUAUUCUUUGGCAACAGAUAGUUUCCUUGUGGAUUACUUUAAUGAAUUCCUAAGCCUGCCUACCUUUCCAGAGGCGAUUAGAUUUAAUGCAGAUUACAGUGUUUUUGAAGUAGUUAAUGAUGCUCCACAACUUCUGGAAAAGCAACUAAAAAGAAUUCUAUACACCCACCAACCUCGAAAUCCCAUCUAUGAUGUUGUAAGGAAAGGAAUAUGCGAUGGAAAAUCCUUUCAGAAGAAGGCCUCCAGUGAGGCGGAAACAGUGAAUGUCAACUACAGUAUCAUGUGCCUCAGCCAAGAGGAAGGGAUUGAAUGGGUCAAGAAAAAAAGACUUCCAGCAUUUCUGGAAAGCGACUGCUACUUUGAGUACAGGCUAGCUAAAUUGAUAUCACAAGUAAGAUGGAGUGGAACGGGCAUGAAUGUUACAGUAGCUACUGAUUUUACUCCCUGGCUACAGAAAAAACCACCCACUCCACCACCAUCAGUCGUUGAAGAUGAAGACAUUUUAAUUAUGAAAAAGUUCUAUGUUUCCAUGGGCCAGGCCUCCUAUACCCAAACCAAAGAUUGGUUUACCUUAGCAAAGCAAAGCCAGCAAACCGUGGCUACCUUUUCCCUACCUCCUUAUGUUUGCUACAACAAAAUUGAAGCUCCAGCGCCAACCAUCACAUCUGUGUCCGAGAGUGCCAUAUUUGAUAAUAGAACCCACUCCUGGGUGAAGAAGACCAUGUCUAAUAUCGAGAACACUCUUUCUGACCUCGAAGAGGAGAUUGGGUCUAUGUGUCUACAAGACACCACUUCUCAAGCUCUCCUGAGAAUAUACCUUGACUCCCAACGGGAUGUUGAAGAAAACGUGACCCUGCAUUUUGAAAAUUGUGAAGAAUUUUUAAAAUCUUAUAUAUUAUAUAUUUUGAAAGAAUCAGUUUACCAGAUCACGGGGCCGCCACAUCAAGAGCACUCCAACUAUGUGAAUUUCAACAACGUCUCCCAGGUGGUGGUGGAAGAGUGUUACAAGCCUCAACACCAGGAUUUGGCACCAGGUGAAACAGCUGAGACCCCCCCACAAAAGUCUGAAGAAAUAGUGGAGAAGGAAAGCUUGAGGAGUGAGAGUUUGGCUUCGGAGAGCAGGGCCAAUUGGUGUGUGACUCACGGGACAUACGACAUUGGGAACAGGAAGGAGUUUGAGAGAUUUAAGAAAUUUAUCCAAGGCACUUUAGGAGAGAAAUACUUAUGGUUGUGGAUGGAUAUUGAAAGAUUAAAGGCUCUGAAGCACCAUGACAGACAUCAAAGACAUCUCGAGAAGAUGAAGAAACUGUACCUGGUGAGCAGUGGAGAUCGCUACCUUUCAAUGGAGAUCUUAACCAAGUUCAAACUGCUAGACGGGUCUCAGUGGAAUGAGGAGCAUUUAACUGAUAUCCAGGUGGAGGUGGUCAAAGCUUUACUUCUGUAUUGGGCCCCUCGAUUCUGUAUCACCCACUCACGUGCCACCAAGAUCGCCAGUGCCCAGCUCAAAUUCUGGCACAUUCGUCAGCAGAAACCCAGGAAGGACGUGGACCCCUUCCCACAAAUGCCAACGCUGCUGCCCUUACGGCCCAAAUCUUGCUUCCCUCGGAUAGCGGAGAUGCAGGAACAACCCAGUGCAGUACAACCUCCCAGAUCUCCCAGGAAGUCAUUUGUACCCAGAAUAGGAACUCGAAAAGCUUGGAAGAGUGAGACUUCAUACCAGCCCAGGAUGUCUAUGGAUGAUACAAUUGACGGAGAGUCCAGGUACACAACAGAACAGAGCAGAGUUUUUCAUUUGACAUCUUUCACCGAUAUAUCUGAAUGUCUGAAGCCCCAGCUGGAAAGGAGAUUAACUUAUACGGAAGAAAAUGUGGCUAAAACCUUGGUGGAAGAUGCCCUUGGAGGAUUUAACAUGGAGAGUUUGUUGCAGUCUUUGUAUGUAGAAACUCGAGCUGGAUUUUUCUUUACUAAAUUCUGCGAAGAUACUGGGAACAAGUUGUGGAAGAACAGCGUGUACUUCUGGUUUGAUCUCCAGGCUUAUCAUCAGCUCUUCUACCAAGAGACACUUCAGCCUUUUAAGAUAUGCAAGCAAGCCCAAUACCUUUUUGCCACGUAUGUGGCUCCUUCGGCCCCUUUUGACAUCAGACUCAGAAAGGAAAAGAGGAGAGAAAUUUACAUGCAGAUGCAGCCGCCAUUUGAAGAUCUCUUUGACGCAGCAGAGGAGUAUAUCCUGCUCCUCCUCCUGGAGCCCUGGACAAUGAUGAUCAACUCAGAUCUGGAUGAUUACAGAAAGGUGAAGCUGGUUCAAGGGACCCGGCAGCUGGACUCCAUGUACUUCCGGAAGCUCCAAGCUUUGCACAAAAAGACAGUUUUCAAGCAGACUGAGGACACAGCAGAGGACUUUGAACAUGGUAUUUUGCAAUUUCCUAGUAUUAAUAAGCAAACAGAAUAUUGGAAUCAUGUUCCCGAAGAAUUUAAAUAUUUUACUUUUAAUGAUCUACUUAGCAACAAACUGGAAUUUGAACACUUUCAUCAGUUUCUUGAGACUCAUUAUUCAAGCAUGGACCUCAUGUGCUGGAUGGAUAUUGAACAGUUCCGAAGAAUACCAUACAUAGAUCGCGAGCAGAGGGAGGCAAAAUCUAUAUCCAUUAGAAACAAAUACCUGAAUAAAAAAUAUUUCUUUGGACCCAAUAGUCCAGCUUCUCUUUAUCAUCAGAACCAGAUAAUGCAGCUAAGUGACGACUGGGGCAGGGUUCUGCACGAGCAUUUGGACACGUCUGUUUUCGAGGAGAUGCAGAAGCACGUCCUCAAGAAGCUGGAAAAUGUGUGGUUACCCUUGUUCCUCGCAAGUGGACAGUUUAUGGCACGACAAAAGAUAAAGAUGCAGAUGCAAGACAUCGCAGAAGAGCUCCUGCUCCAGAAGCGCGAGAGGAAGAUCGGUGUCUGGAAGCCCGUGGAGAGUAAGUGGAUAUCUUCAUCUGGUGAAAUCAUUGCUUUCCGUAAAACAUUAUUGAAUCCAGUCACAGCCAAACAAUUUCAACGAUUUGUGGCUCUCAAAGGAGAUUUGUUGGAAAAUGGGGUACGCUUUUGGCAAGAAGUGCAAAAAUAUAAGGACUUGUGCCAUUCUCAUUGUGAUGAAAACACCAUCCAAAAGAAGACAACAAUGAUUAUCAACUGUUUUAUAAAUUCCAGCAUCCCCCCAGCUCUACAGAUUGACAUCCCCCAAGAGCAAGCCCACAAGAUCAUUGAGCACAGGAAGGAGUUAGGACCAUAUAUAUUCCGGGAGGCUCAGAUGACAAUUUUUGGGGUCCUGUUUAAGUUUUGGCCUCAGUUUUGUGAAUUUAGGAAGAAUUUAACGGAUGAAAAUAUUCUGAGUGCUUUAGAGAAAAGGCAGACACUUAAGCAGAAAAAGAAGUCAGUGCUAGAAGACGAAAAGUUUUCAAAGGAAAUCACCAGACAGCAUAUCAGCAUUUCAGGGAUUGCACUCAAAACGGCGCCUCUCACCAGCGACACAACAUUGGGCCUGUCAGCUUAUGGGAGACAGCCAACCUGGUGCUACUCGAAGUACAUAGAAGCUUUAGAACAGGAAAAGCUGCUGCUUAAGAUUCAAGAGGAACUGGAGAAAAAGAUGUUUCCAGAGUGACCAGCUGGGAG